AUGGCACCGUUUGCAACCAACCUGACUGCUGAAAAGUUCAAAAAUGAAGGGAAUGAUCAUUUUCGUAAACAUGAUUACGAGAAAGCCAUAACUCUUUACGAUAAGGCAAUCAAACAAGACCCCAAUCAAGUGGCGUAUUACACCAAUCGAGCCACUGCAUUUUUCAAACUUCAUGAACAGAGAUACCCUAAUUUACAUUCAUGGUUCAAGACCUGGCUAACCACCCCUGAAUACGAACCAGACCAUGAGGAAUCUAAAGCUGAAGAGUCGACGAAGUUGUUGAAAUUGGUAUUACAAGACUCUCGCAAGGCGUUGAGUAUUGAUUGCAAGAACUUGAAAGCUUAUUAUUAUUUUGGGCUCGUGGCGUUCAUGUUUGGCAAACUUCAUGAGGCGUGGGGUAAAUUUGUCGAAUGUUAUCGUUUGGCAAUUGAGGCUCAGAGUCCAUCGUUGGUCGACGUGAUGAACUUUAUCUCAAAGCUUCGAGUCAAACUUUGCGGUAAUCGUAAAAACAUCUCGUUAAAAUCAGAAGGGAUAUCGCAAAGUUCAACGGGAUUGUCCAGGGGAAAAUUCGCCAAUUAUGAAAACCUUCAUUUUUUACUCAACAUUUCCAUCCAAUCAGAAUAUAAUGCCAAUUGCAAUAAUAUUAUCUCACAGUACGAUCAUAUAGAAGAUGACGAUUAUCAGAAAGCCAGCUUUAGACGUAACCCGAAGUUCCAAAAACAGAUAGAAGACCAGGCGAAACGGUAUCAUGAUAAGUUAAAAGAUGCCGACGAUUUGUUUAACUUUGUCAAGGAAGAAUUGAAUGGUAACAAUACUGGAAAAAGGUCUGAUUCUUCGGCCAUAGAUAGUAAGGAAAUUAAUGUUACAACUUCUGAUAAAUCAAAACAGACUAAUGGUAAUAAUAAAACAGAUGCCAAAAAGGAUGGAAAGCUUAAAGUGCGAUUAGAUGUUCCUCUCUAUGAAAUCCCCGAAUAUUUAAUUGACCCGGUAAAAUAUGGUAUGAUGACAGAUCCUGUGAUUACUAUUUAUGGUGAAAGUUAUGAAAGAAAGAAUCUUGUGGAGUUUGUCGCUAAGCAUCAUAUUGAUCCAGUGGUCAAGAAACCGUUAGAGUUGAACCAAAUAUACCCUAACAAAAGCUUGAAAUUGGCAAUCCAGAAGUUUGUUGAAGAGCAUAAAAUUGCAGAAUAA